AUGGCCGCGGUGCCCAGGCUCUUCCAGCAUCCCCGCGCCUGUCGUGGUGGCGCUGGGCCCGCGAGGCCGUGGCAGGCCUUCCGGCGCGACGUCCUCCCCGGCGGCCCCGGGCAGCCCGCGCCGGCCGCUGCCGGUGCCUUGGCCCUGGCCUGCCCGACUCUGGGAGUCGGCGUCGGCGCAGGGUCGAGGCGCAGGCCGCGACGCCGCUCGGCCUGGAUGCGCGCGCACGCUGGCGCCCUGCUCGGCUUUCCUGGCCGCGAGGGCCGGGGCGCAGCAGAGGCGCCCGCGCCCGCGGUGUCCGGCGACCUCCGCCCUCACAGCGGGCUGCUGCUCAUCGACUGCCAGAAGGCCUUCCUCACCGGCUUCUGGGCGCAGUACUUCGGGGGCGGCGAUGAAGUGGCGCCCAUCCGGCAAGCGUUCCGUAACACGGUCGAGCUGUUGCGCAGCCCCGAGCGGCUUUCGGGCUGCGCGGUGCUGUGCACGAAGUGCUACACGGAAGGGGAGGAGGCCGAUUACGACGACGACUUGAAGCCUCUAUUGGCUGGCGCCCCGUGCUUCUGGAAGCCGACCACGGACAUCACGCGAAACUCGCACUUCCACAAGUGGUUCGAAGAGCGCUUGUCUGCCGGCAUGCAGACGCUGGUCAUCGGAGGCUGCACCACGACCUCUUGCGUCCGCGUCUCCUCGCAGGCCAUACGGAGGAUGUACCCUGACAGCACCCUCCGGGUGGUCGUCGACCUGUCGUUGUGCGGCGCGAGGGUUUCGAACUUUCUCGGCAACGCCGAGCUGGAUCCAGUCUUACGUCCCCCUGAUAUACGGCCCAGAGCGGUGCAUCGGGAAGUCACCGGUGGACCUGGCCCUCUUUCAAAUGCGGGGCGCUGGCGUGGAGGUGCUGGAUAG